AUGGACCCAUCUAUCAAUUUUACUCCUAAGAGUUUUUCAAAGCGACUUUCAAGACAUAGUUACAUUAGUUCUAUUCUGGAGGUUGAACGAUCCGUACUGAGGCUAUCAAUUGAUGAAAAUGCUAACAAGCACAGUCAUGCUGACAACUCCCAGACAAAUCCUCAUCCAUCACAAAGUACCGACACAAUUGUGGAUGAUGAGGUACACUAUUGUUUGUAUUGUCAAGAAUCAAGUCCUGAUUGUUUGGUGAAGUGCGCUGGAUGCCUGAACUAUUUUUGCAAUUCUGGAAUAAAGGAUUCAAGUCAUAUUUUCAUUCACUCGAAAUUCUUACACCACGAUUCAUUCAGAUUAUUGAAUUACCAAAAAAACGAAAAUUAUGAGGCAGAAAACCAGGAAUACCUUGCUCAAAAGGACUCUGGGGCAGACCAAAUACUCAGAAAACCUACAAAGUUUCUAGACACCGCGAUUGAGUGUGCCCAUUGUUCAAAUCAAAAUAUUUACGAAUUGUCAUUCAUUUUGAUCAACGAUACCACCAAAGAGUUAGUGAAUUUGAAAACCGAAUAUUCCCAAGUAGAUAAGCUACAAAAUUUAGAUAAGAAAAUAAUAUUUUUUUGUUCAAAUUCUAAGCCGAUUAUCGGAACCGGAAUUGGUGUCCAGAGUUCCGUGUCAGAAGAUUUGUGCUUCAAAAAUCUACAGCAAAAAUUAUUUGGUGGAUUGGAUAUUGAAGAGGAUUUCAUUAAGCCAAUAGUCAAUAAUUAUGAUAAAAGUAAUAAGUUUGGGUUUAAGAAGUUUUUCUUCAACAGGCUAAUUUUGAAGGACAAUUCUAAUAGUAAUCUGAAAUUGUUAUACAACCAGUUAAACUUAAGUAAUAUCUACACUAUAGAAACCAAACGGUUACAACAGCUCAAAAAACAAAAGCUCAAGAAAAAUGAUUUUUAUAAUCUCAUUGAUGAGAACAAUGAUUAUCAGUUUUUUGAUAGUGAUGACGAAUCUGAUUUCGAAGAUGAAGUAGAUGAAAAAGAGACAAGAGACACUGAAAAAUCAAGGGAAUCAGAAACACCAUCUAGAAAUCUUUUCACUUCACCGCUCUUGAACGAAGAAAAUGAAUUGUUUCAAAAUAAAACUAAUGGGUUGAAGAAAAUCACAAAGAGUCAUUUAUCAAAGAUUUCCACCUAUGAAUCAUUUGCUGAAUUUUCGGCUCAUCAUUUGAACUUAAUGUUCAAAGAACAAUAUGCCAUGUUAUCCUUACUGUCAACAUCUCAUAAAUUGUCGAAUAAUAUGGUAUUUGUUCCCUACAAGAAAAUCACGUUCGGUGAUCAAUGCGAUGUUGUGAUUAGAUUGAAUACAAAUUAUAACUUACCAAUAUUGAAAAUCAGACAAAUUUUGGGUUUCCAACACCCAGUAUCGGGCAGAACUUCAUUUGGGAUGAUUGAACAGGUUCCGAACAAUACGUUUAAUCCGGAAAUAAAAUUAAAAUUGUUGAAGUUCAAGAAUCAUAGCAAUAAUAAAUACGUUACCGAAGAAACUUUUAUUGAGAACUUGGAAGACUGUUUGAGAAAACUACAUAAUGAAACCAAUUCAAAAUCGACAGCAACAUCAGAAGGCCAAGGCUCUGCAUCACAUCUCAGUUUUGACAAAACCGUGAGUGACUAUAAAUUGUUCAAUAUUAUUCCCUUUGAUUUAGUGUUUUCUCGGAUUAUUGAUAUUAUUUUCCAGAUCUUAUCAGGCGAAAUUCGCAUCAAUAACUUUCUUCUCAAUGUUAUUCUUGGGAAAAAUUUUGAAAAUUUUGAAUUUAAUUUAUCUUCUUUCAGAUCCAAUAAUUUCUACAACGAAAACUUUAACUUGUCACAAAGAAGAGCGAUUGACAAUCUUGACUCCAACAAGGUGGUGUUGAUUAAAGGUGAAGUUGGAACGGGGAAAACUUUAGUGAGUUCAGGAAUCAUCAAGAACUUGAUUGAGAAAAACCUUGGUCCAGUGUUGGUUUGCUCAGGAGCAAAUUCUAGUAUUGACAAUUUGUGUGAAAGGUUCUAUCAAGACUUUGUGAUUAAUAAAUCAAACAAAGAUAACAAUAGUGAUGAGGAAAUCCUAAUUUCCAGACUAGUUGCACCAUUGAAAGAAGGACAAUACAACAUUAAUCAUAAAAUUGGGGGUAUUUGUUUCCAUAAUUUCAUCUUAUCGAAUGCUCCAGAAGAAUUGAUUGAUUUAUUCAUUAAGAACAAGGUCGGUGGUCUCUCGAGUUUGUCUCCAAAAAAUACUACCAGACUCAAUAAGUUUUACCAAGAUUUCUUCCAACAACAAGACGCAAUUUUCACUACUUGUUACAAUGCCUUUGAUCCAAAACUUAAUGGCGUGAAAUUCAAAUCUAUCGUGAUUGAUGAUUGUUCUGCCACCAUGAACUUGUUAUCUUUAAUACCACUUGCCAAAAACUGUGAGAAAUUGGUGUUGAUUGGAGAUGACAAACAAUUGAGUCCUUACAUUCAUGAUUUGAAAAUGCGAGGCCGUCGUGAAUUAGAUAAUGAAGACAAUCAAACCGUGCAUUGUAAUUUCUUGAAGCAAUCCUUAUUCCAAAGAAUUUUAUACAAUAAAUUGGUGAAGCCAAUUGUGUUAACUGAACAGUAUCGAAUGAAUAACAAGCUUGCAGAAUUCCCUAAUAAUUUCUUUUACAACAAUGAAUUGAUCAACGGAAUCAUUAAUCAAGCUAGAAAAUCCAGCAUUAGAAACUCCCUGGGGGCUAAUGGAAGAUCUGCGGGGCUUUCAAGAUCAAUGUCGUUGAACUCUAUUGGUGAAUUAUCUAACAGAAGAUCUUCCAUAGCCGGUAAUCAACGCCAGUCCAUGAUAUCAGCAAAUAUUAAUAAGUUCCCUUGGCCUAAUAUGAAGGCGCCAAUGGUGUUUUGGGAUCAUACCGAUUGCAAAUCGUACAAGGAAAAUGAAAUGAAAUACCACAAGAAGAUUAACAACAUUGAGAAUUUUUACAUCAAUCAAAAGACCUAUCAGAAUCAAUACGAAGUGAAAAAGAUCAUCGAAGUAAUCAAACGCUUGCACUUUGACUGUGGGGUAGAGUUGAAAGAUAUUGGGGUAGUUACAAUUUAUCCAGGCCAAAGAGUGUUGAUUACUCAAAUGAUACAAGAAGAAUUUGCUGGGUAUCAAGAUAAGUCAAAUAAGAGAAACAGUAAAAGAUCUAGUAUGCAUAGAAGAAGCUCUAGUGUCAGUGGGAACGGUAAUGGGAAUUAUAACAACAACAGUAACAACAAUAAUAACAACAAAACACAUAACAGACGAAAAAGUUAUACCAAUAAUAAUAACAAUAACAGUAUUGACAAGAACAGAAACUUCAGCAAUCAAUUCCAAAGACUUUCGGCUAAAUCUAGUGAUUUUCUAUUUGAAACUCAUAAUCCAAAUGAGUACGAAAUGUCUGAAAUUGAUAAAGUGAAGAAUAUUGAAAUUGGAUCGGUGGAUUCCUUCCAAGGAAAAGAGAAAGAAUAUAUUUUAUUCAGUACCGUGAAGAGUGAGCUUAUCGAGGAGGAUAAUCUUGAAGAACUUAAAGUGGUGGAUGAUUAUCGAAGACUCAACGUUGGGGUUACCAGAGCCAGAAAAGGUUUGAUUGUGCUUGGUAAUUCCAUUAUUUUAAGCCAAACCAGCAGAUAUUGGAGUAAUUAUUUGAGUUACUUGUACGAACAGAACUGUGUAGUGGAAGGCGAUGAGAUUGCGAAUUGGCAAAAUAAUAACUAUAAAACUCAUUUGACCUACCUUGUUAGAUGA